AUGUCUUUUAUUACCCCUACCCCACCUGUCUCUCUCCUCGGCAGACACCGCAUCCUCAGUCGCACAGCCGGCGUUCGCGUUUCGCCACUAUGUCUAGGUGCAAUGAACUUUGGCACUGCCUGGACAGCCUCACUUGGAGAAUGCAGCAAAGAAACCGCGUUUGAGAUCCUCGAUUUCUUCUACAGCCAGGGCGGGAACUUUAUCGACACGGCCGUAAACUACCAGUUUGGUGAGAGCGAGCAGUGGAUUGGCGAGUGGAUGGAGGAGAGGGGAAGGAGGGACGAGAUGGUGCUUGCAACGAAGUUUACAGGAAUGCAAAUCACAGAGCGAGAAAGGGACGGAGGGAAGGCUGUCAAGAGUAAUUUUGGUGGGAACAGUGCGAAGAACAUUUAUACGAGUAUCGAGCGCUCGCUCAAGUCGCUUCGGACAAGCUAUGUUGACAUCUACUACGUCCACCUCUGGGACUCCUCAACUUCCAUCCCCGAACUUAUGUGCGCGCUCAACGACCUCAUCACCGCCCGGAAGGUGCUCUAUCUUGGCAUAAGCGACACACCCGCCUGGAUCGUCGUCAAAGCAAACUGCUACGCGCGCCAACACGGGCUUCGCCAAUUCUCAAUCUACCAAGGUCGCUGGAGUGCCGCGGAUCGCUCUUUCGAGCGCGAAAUCAUCCCCAUGUGUCUGGAUGAAGGCAUGGCCUUGGCGCCGUGGGGUGCGCUCGGCGGGGGAGGAUUCAAGACGAAGCAACAGAGGGAGGAUGGUCAGAAAGAAGGGGGACGCAACCUGAAACUCAGUGUAUUGGGGAAUGAGGAGAAAGUCUCGGAAGUGCUCGAAGCUAUUGCCAACGCAAAAUCGCCCUCUCCGCCCAUCACCUCUAUAGCGCUUGCAUACGUUAUGCAUAAAUCCGCGUAUGUCUUCCCCAUUGUCGGUGGGCGCAAAUUAUCGCAUCUAGAAGGUAAUAUCGCUGCGCUGGGCUUACGUUUGUCGCCUGAAGAGAUUCAUCAGAUUGAUAAUGCGUAUGGGUUCGACAUGGGGUUUCCGCAUAACUUUUUGAGUCCAGCAAAUGUUGCUGUGCUGGGCCCGGAAGAUAAUCGUUUCAUAAAUAAUAUGGGGUUCUUUGACUUUGUGGAGGGGCCGAAGCCGAUUCCGCCGCAUGAGGGGAGGUUGGAUGCGAAGUUCAAGGAUCUUUAGGCGAACAAGGCGGCGAGGGAGAAGGGGGAGUAGGGAUGCGAUACUCAGAAGGAUGAAGAGGC